GCAGUAAAUAAUGAGGGAUGGAAAAGGCAUUUCUUACCUUGAUUAUGCGUUCUUUAGGCUUUUCACUGAAUAAUAUAUAAAAUGGUUUUAUAGGACCAGUUUAAACUGCUGUUUGUCUCUUCAUGUACAGUAUGUCAACUAUGCACAUUGCUGGACAAUGAAACCAUGAUGACAAAUGAUGAAGAAAAAAGGUUGUGUUGCUAUAUUAUUAAAUAAAAAAUGUAUUGCAGCAUUCGCAAGACUGCAAUGCAAUACAUUGAAUCUGAAUCAUUUUACAUUUAAUUCAUUGUGAAACAUGAGGGAAUGCCAUUCCUAACAUGAACCACAAAAUACUAUAAAUGAGCCAAUUUGGCACUGAGGGAUGUGUUUUUCUUCCUAAACUGCUGAGUGCUGGAGCUCAGUUGAGUUUUUUUGUCUCUCUGGAGUCUCACAGCCUGAGGGUUUGAUAACAGCUUAAGGUUAUAUUCUACACUUUAUUCAAUUUAAUGCUAAGCAAUGUUUUGCCAACAUUAAAUAAGAACCUUACAGGUGCACGUUAUAAUGUGACUGGCACAGGAAAACCUGCGAGUUCUGGAGAGUAGUGUUUACUCAUUUUUAAAGGGGUACUUCAGUUAAAACCAUCUUUAGUCACCUCCUAAUUUAAGUUACACGUCAGCCUGAUAAUGACAAUGUGACAUGUAUAAAUGUCGUGUGUAUGUUACUUUGCAGUAUAUUUUUCUGUCCAGCUCAAAGAUGUCGGCUCACUUUGCUUCCCUCGGCUUUACCAAUUUCCUUUUUUGUUUUUCGUUCCGUUUCAUCUGCUUCUCUUCAGCCGAAUCCACAUUUGUUUGUGAUGUUGUCGGGUUCGGCAAACUUUUCACCCCACAGUCAAAACUAAUUUGCGUCACCGUUGUCUCUAAAACAGAUGCCAGAGCGCACGCAAGUAAAUGCACCAACACGAGUUUAGUGUUUGUCUGGUUCACUAAUGCAGCAAAUAUUUCAAAUGUGUUUAUUUUGUGGUGCUUGUUUUCAGGAACAAAGAGUACUUUAUAUACAAGAAAGUGAUGUGUCAACCUGGAUGGAUUUUGUGAUUCACGUGGGGUUUCCCUAGUUUUCCAUUUGCUUGUUUUAGCCUGUCUGGCUGUAGCUUCCUUCCCUUACAAGUAAUUACUAGUGUUCAUGAUAAUGCUAUACUUGUUGGGUUUACAUAUUUAGAAACGCAGGACUUCACAGUUGUCAUUUUUAUGUUGUUUAGUUGAAAUGAGCCUCGAUGUUGCAAGUUUGGUUUCCCGACAGUGGAGAUGUGGAAGUUGUGCUUUCUCAGCUGUUCUCUCUGGUUGUGGACAUGUGAGGUAGAAAAUGUAAGUCACGAGGUCAUCAUGACUAAUCCUAACCUCACACACAGACCCUUUUUUUUUUUCAUCCUUGCACUUUCUUUCCCACCACCACCAUGCUGACCCAUGCCUAAUUCUUUCCGACACCCAUCCGCCUUUAUAAAGCAGGACCUCUUGUUUUCUCCGCCCCUCUUGAACCGCGGUGUCACAGAGGACGUUCAGCCAUCCGUGACUGGGUGGAAGUCACCUGUGAUUGUUUAGUUUGUCAGGUGACUGCUAUGUUUAUGUCAGCCUGCUUCCUUGCUUCAGUUACAGCUGUAGAGUCAUUAGUGAGAUCUCUUCUGGUUCGCAGUGUUAGCAUUUUGUGUAUGUAUUCACCAGAGCUCAUGUUGUAAGGAAGCACAUUGUUGGAGCAUGUGGACGGGAUAUUUAUCUCUAGAUUGAGCCACAUGUUUGUGUUUAUGAAGAAACGUAUAAAGUAAUUGAUCAUCUGAUAUAUCAGUACAGUCCUCUCCAGGAAACUUCCCCAGAAAUAACAGCUACGCAUCAAAUCCUUUCUUGGGAGUUACUGAGAAUCUAAUGACCCCCUAAAAUAAAGCACUAUCAAAACACAGUGGAAUAAAGAUAAACAGUGGAAACUUUGACAAAACCAAAUGGAGGCCUCGCCAUAUUUUCUGAUCUACUUUAACCUGAAGUCUGUACAAAACAUAAUGGCAGGCCCUUAGUGCCGGGCUUUAAAAGAAGUGUGGUUUGAAGGCUAACUGUACACGGUUCCACAGUGACACGUGCACAGGUUUGGUCAUUUGUGGAUCUGAAUUACGUGAACCUCCUAUGCAGAGCGUCACAAUGAAAACAAGACUUACUGGAAGACAGAAAACCCAAACUCAUUCACUAACCACUCUGUCUAACCUCAGAGACUGAACAGCACUUUGCAAGCACACAUAUUAACACACAUACUGUAUACUCUGUAUACCAUACGUACACAUGUACACGCUCUCAGGCACGUUUGCUGCAUGCUCUCAGGCACGUUUGCUGCAUACUCUCGUUCUUUCUCUAUAAGGUUCCUUUCACUAUUACACACACACACACACACACACAGGCACACACAUGCUAAUGUGCACAGUGCACUUCUAGGAAGAGUUGAUUUACAUUAAGUCUGCUUUUACAGCUCUUUACCCAAAACCCUGAACGUGUGUUCAGCCUUUAACCUAUGCCAUUAGCCAGUGCCCAUAGACAGGCUGGAGGUUAAUGGUCAGGGCCUUUGUCAAAGGUGAUAGCAAUGCUAACGUACCGCUUAAAGUGGGAGAAUCCCUGAUGCAGAUGGUCCAAUUAUUCCAGGCUUACGGUCCAAUCAUGCGUUGACUUUUAAAACUUUGCAACUCCACAGACUCUACAGCUGAUCCAUAAUUACAUCCUUAUUUUGCACAGGCAGGCAUAGAUCAAACCCAUCAAACUUCUCCUCAGAAUCCAAUUGCUUCUCAAGAUAUUAAAUGUGCAAUGUACAAGGAAAUAUUUAUCAAUUUGUUUCACUCUGAAGCUACACUGCCUCUGGAUUUUAUAUUAUUAUUUAGACAGUCAUUUUGUUUUCCUUGACUUGUUUCUUACAGCAAGCCAGUGAAUGAAUUAGUCUGCAUUUCUCAGUUACUUCCUCUUAAGGAUCUCGAACACUAUCGAACACAUCGUAUCGUAUUGUCAGUGGCCUAGUUUAAAGGAGGAAGUUAAAGGUUCAUUUGAAGGCUUGUUAAUAGGUGCACACUUUUCUUCUGGGAGUGUGUGCUCCACCUGAUCCACUUUAGUUUUAAAUUAGCUCUGUAAAGUAUUUUUUAACCAAAUAACUGCAGUUUUUAUAAUAUCUAUCAGUUUAGACCUACUCCACCUUUUGUUUACAUUGGCAGUUACGCAUUGUGUCAACAAUAGUGUCUACAAUAUGCUUGCACUUACAAAAAUAUAUUAGUGAUGCAUUAUUUCCAGCAGCAUGGCAAAGGUACCAUAUGUAGCUUUUUAAACAUGCGCAGUUGUAACCAUAACAGCCCAGGAUCAGCUGAUGUUUGCACAUCUGGAACCAGGAGUCAGUGAUGACUGGAAUCAUGAACCGAAUAGGAAAUGAAAUUGGAAUGAUUACAAGAUCUAAACAAUGACAAAUUCUGCUCAUAUGUGGUCUCAAGCGGCCACAUUACGACUGUCGUAGAGUGGAGUGCAUAUGCGCAUGUAAACGAUGAGACGACAUGUCUGAGUGUUUGUGUGUUGUCUGUGAAAACAGGCACGGAUCCAGCCUUCUAUGGGCUGGGAUGCAAUGAGGUGUGUUUGAGUAUUUAAAAGAAGCUCAUCAAUGAUUCAUUCCUCCCUGUUGACGCUCUGUGGCGCCCGCACACACACACACACACACACACACACACACACACACACACACACACACACACACACACACACAGAGGAUUCCCACUCAUACCAUGAUGACACCAUGGACAGGCGCCACUCGGUCUCUUAGAGUCUGACUCCCCUUCGGUCCGGCAGAGAUGGACAUUACAGUACCUUCACCGUGCUGACUUGAUAUCAUGUAUUCCUGGAAGUUGGGUGUGCAAAUGGACCCCUCUAUUCCCUUUUGUUCAGGAGAUAAAUCACAUUAGUUCUGUUUUUGAAUCAUAUAUUCUUAAACAGUUAAUAUUGCUUUUCUGUCAGAAAAAACAAAUGUUACGACACUGUCUUUGAUCAGUAUCUUUGAUUUGUUGAACUAGCCCAUUUCCAAACAGAUUCCCAGAAUAUAUAUACAGUAUAUAUAUAUAUUAUUUUUUUUCAACAAUCGCGGCCCCAGUUCCAGUAACUGGGGAUGACCAUCUAUGAUGAAGUAUUUGUGUGUAAUUGUGCACAGAUAUAGAAGUAGUGUGUGAUGCCUGGAAGACUCUGAACAUGCACAUUUGCAGCUUGCACUUGACCUGUUAAUGCAUUCAUGACCACUUCAUCUGUCUUCUUCUUACUUAAGCUGUUAAGAAUGAUUUUUUUUAGUAUGGGUGCAUGGGAAAUCAAAUCUCUUUCAAUCUUGAUUAACGCAAGAAAGCUGAAUUGUGUGUUUCGACAGGUUUAACUGUCGACUUGAGUCUGUGACCCAAUUAGCUAAUUAGACAACAUUAGAGAUGCUAAUUUUUUCUCUGACAGAUAGCCCACCCUUGUUGACCGAUCAAUAACCGACAGGAUUAGCGCCUCCCAUGCAGCGAUGCUGUGGUUGAGGUUCCUUAAGAGCUGCAACGAUAACCGAUGCACAAACAGGCUGAAUCCAUCAUUUGUUGCAGCGUAUGCGCAAAACACACACAUCUGAGUCCCCAGUUCACCUGUACGGGAGAGUUAGCAGCUACAAUGUCAACUGCAUUGUUGUGGACACACGUCAGCUGAGUGUCUGCCUGGUAUCGGCCACUCGGUCUGGGUUUCAGAACAGCAACGUUAUAGCUUUAAACGUAGCAGUGUGUGUGAACAGUUUAUUUGUCUGUAAAUAAAUAAUACGACUCAUCAAGACUCAAGCUAAGUUCCCGUAUCUUGCAUGCAAGCCACCUGCUGAUUAAAAUAAAGGUGGUUAUUCUCCUUUGAGUGACAAACUACUCUUCUAAAUUAAACAAACAACAUUUAAUUUAAUUGUAACUGUUGAACUGUUUAAUCAGUGUCAAUGCUUGUUGGUUCACUGUUCAUUAUUAACAUCCCAUUGCUUCCUCCUUAUGAGCUAUGGAUCAUCAUAUGAUUCAAAUUGAGCCUGUGCAGACAAAUAGGACGACAAAAAGCGAGUCUGAAGUAAGACAGGCAGUCUGUCUCUAAAUAUAAUAAUCAUUAAACAGUGGUCCAGGCCCAUUAAACAUAGCGGUAAGCGGCGGGGUGUGAGGAGCGGCCGUGUCCACAGCACAGCACUGUUUACACUACAAAUGCGGUUGAGUUACACCAUGUACAGUAAAAUGGGCCCGACUGCCAGUAACUCUAGUCACUUACCAACAAAAGCAUCAUUUCCUGAAAGCUCCUCCCUCCUCCCUCCCUCUUCUCCCCACCUCUCCCCUCCCCUCCUCUGCUCUCUCUCACUCACUCUCCAACCACCUUUCUUUUUCUUUUUUUUUGCGCUAUAAGGAACUAGUCCACAAUCACUAUUACUGAGCCCUCUAUGCAAAUACCUGAACGUCCUGCUGAAGCAGGAACUAUGUUUUAGACGUGCCCGUGUCUCCGUCUGUGAGCUCAUUGCCUCGAGCGUACCUGAGGUGGAGGCAGAUGUGUGUGUGUUUGAACCAGAGAGGAACUGUGAUUAGUGAGAGUCCACUCUUGGGUGGAAGUGCACCAGCUGUGAGGUGAAUUACCAACACUUUGACCAACACAUGGACGAGGCUGUCGCAUUCAGGGAUCCAAGGUGAAGCAGGAGUUUAUGCUUCUUUUAACCCCCCCACCCCCCCCACAGACUGCAGCGUCUGGACCCAUGUCUCUCAUGCAGCUCUGGACUAAAUUGUAUUCACAGCUGGGACGACCGCUUCCCAAGGACCUGUCCUGCAUUGAUGACCUCUCCACAAACUCUCUGUUCUCCUCUCCGGCUGACUCGCUGUCGGAGUAUGCUGAUGCUCAGCCCUUCAUCAGCCCGGACAACCUGAGCACGGUGCCCACCCUCUGGGACGUCAACACUAGUACCACCACCACCACACCAGCACAGAGCCAGCUCGAGCUGAAUGGCACCAGCAGGUUUCAUGGCUUGGCCAGUUUGGAUGAUAUAUCUGCUAUUAUCAGCACCCCACCUUUAGGAGGAUUCCAGCCUCAAAGAACCCAGACUCCCCCAGAGGAGGAAGAGGAUGCUGAGGAAGAGGAGACAGAGGAACUGGGACAUGUAGACACAUAUGCUGAGUACAGACCUUCCAAAUCCACUAUAGGAAUUUCUCAUCCUGACAUAGUGGUGGAGACCAACACGCUAUCCAGUGUCCCGCCUCCUGACAUCACUUACACCCUGUCUAUCCCUGAGCCAACGAUCAACCGUGGCCUGCUGUCCGCUCUGCAGCUAGAGGCCAUCAUCUACGCCUGCCAGCAACAUGAGGUGAUCCUUCAGAACAACCAGAGGGCAGGCUUCCUGAUCGGAGAUGGCGCAGGGGUCGGAAAGGGACGCACCGUGGCAGGAAUCAUACUGGAAAACUACCUUGAUGGAAGGAAGAAAUCACUAUGGUUCAGCAUAUCCAAUGACCUGAAAUUCGAUGCAGAGAGAGAUCUCAAAGACAUAGAUGCAUCGAAUAUCCCUGUGCACGCCUUAAACAAGAUUAAGUAUGGAGACACAGCUACCUCAGAAGGAGUCCUGUUUGCAACUUACUCUGCGCUGAUUGGAGAGAGCCAGGCAGGAGGGCAGCACCGAACGAGAAUCAAACAGAUCCUAGACUGGUGCAAGUCAGACUUUGACGGAGUUAUUAUUUUUGACGAAUGCCACAAAGCCAAGAAUGCCACAUCUACAAAGAUGGGCAAGGCGGUGCUUGACCUGCAAAACAAGCUGCCGAGGGCCAGAGUGGUGUAUGCCAGUGCCACAGGUGCCUCUGAGCCAAAGAACAUGAUCUACAUGAGCCGCCUGGGAAUCUGGGGUGAGGGCACGCCCUUCAGGGCCUUUGAAGACUUCCUGCACGCCAUCGAGAAGAGAGGCGUCGGUGCCAUGGAGAUUGUUGCGAUGGACAUGAAAGUGAGCGGCAUGUACAUCGCCCGGCAGCUGAGCUUCUCAGGGGUGUCUUUCCGCGUCGAGGAGAUCGGACUGGACAGUGACUUCAAACUGGUCUAUAACAAAGCUGCAAGACUGUGGGCGGAGGCAUUGCAGGUGUUCAUGCGUGCGGCUGAUGAGCUGGGCCUGGUCAGCAGGAAGUCUCUGUGGGGCCAGUUCUGGUCGUCUCACCAGCGCUUCUUCAAAUACCUCUGCAUCGCUGCCAAGAUCCGCUGCCUGGUGGAGCUGGCCCAAAAAGAGCUGCAGGCCGGAAAGUGCAUCGUCAUCGGGCUGCAGUCUACCGGAGAGUCCCGGACCAGAGAAGUCCUGGAUGAGAACGACGGGCAACUCGACAGAUUCGUCUCCGCAGCAGAGGGAGUGUUCCAGUCUCUCGUAUCGAAGCAUUUCCCCUCAGAGAAACAGAGGCGAGAGAAAGCACCGGGGAAUAAAAGAAAACGGAAGCCUCGAGGUCGCCAGCCCAAAGUACCAAAGCACACCGUGGACAGCGGCGGUGUGAUCAACAUCAGCGACGACAGCAGUAGUGACUCGGACGGCAUGGACACGGACUCCAACUCCUCACCAGACUCCCUGCUAGACAAUGACGAUGUCAUCUUUGUCAACCACACUAGCUGCCAGACAGCCAGGAUAGAGGAGAUGAAGCAGGGCCUCCUCAACAAGAUAGCCGUGCUGGGAAAAGAACUACCUCUCAACACCUUGGACGAGCUCAUCGAUAAGUUUGGAGGACCAGAUAAAGUCUCAGAGAUGACUGGUCGUAAGGGUCGUGUGGUGCGGCGUCCUGAUGGCAGCGUUCGCUACGAGUCCCGGGCCGAGCAGGGUCUCACCAUCGACCACAUAAACAUCAAGGAGAAAGACCGCUUUAUGAGUGCAGAGAAGUUUGUGGCCAUCAUCUCGGAGGCGGCCAGCUCUGGGAUUUCCCUGCAGGCGGACAAGCGAGUGAAGAACCAGAGGCGCAGGGUCCACAUGACCCUGGAGCUGCCUUGGAGUGCAGACAGGGCCAUUCAGCAAUUCGGUCGCACCCAUCGGUCCAAUCAGGUGACGGCCCCAGAGUACAUCUUCCUCAUCUCAGAGUUGGCUGGGGAGAGACGUUUUGCCUCCAUAGUGGCUAAAAGACUGGAGAGCCUGGGUGCGUUAACCCACGGAGACAGAAGAGCCACAGAAUCCAGAGACCUGAGCAAGUACAAUUUUGAGAACAAGUAUGGUACCAAGGCUCUAGAUAAGAUCACCAAAGCAAUCCUUGGCCACAUAGAAAACAAGGUGCCCCCUCCCAAAGGCUACCCUGUGGGCGAAGCCCUGUUCUUCAGAGACAUGAAACUUGGAAUGAUGGAUGUGGGCAUCUUUUGCAGGGAGUCGCGCUUUGGGAUUAAUACUGAGAAAGACUGCAGCAUUACCAAGUUCUUAAAUCGCAUCCUGGGCCUGGAGGUCCACAAGCAGAACUAUCUGUUCCAGUACUUCACGGACAACUUUGACUACCUAAUCGAGAAGGAUAAGAAGGAGGGCAAAUAUGACAUGGGGAUCCUAGAUCUUGCCCCGGGGAACGAUGAGAUCUACGAGGAGAAGCAGGAAACCUUCCUGACAGUUGGAAAUCCUCAGGAUGGACAGGUUGUUCUCUAUAAGAUCAGUGUGGACCGAGGCAUGCCGUGGGACGAGGCCUACAACAGGUCACUAAAGCUCAGCAGUCCUGAUGAGGGAUUCUACCUGUCCCUGAAGCUGCGAGGAAACCACCCGUGUGUGCUGCUAGCAGAGCAGGGACGAGGCAAGAACCUCAUCGUCUACAAGCCCAACAUCGGCAAGCAGACGCACCCGGAGAGCCUGGAGAACCUGCAGCUCCGUUACCGAAAGGUGACUCCAGAGGAAGCCCAGGACAGCUGGGAGAACCAGUUCACCUUCUCCUUCAAGAAGUGCAGCCAUGCCAACUGGAAUGGGAAGUGUAAGAAGAUAGAGGAAGGUCAGGAGUGUCUGCAGGGCAUGCGCCUCCGUCAGUACCACAUGUUGUGUGGCGCUCUGUUGCGAGUGUGGAAGCGCGUAUCCGACGUGGUGUCUGACCUCACCAGCUCCAGCAUCCUGCAGAUUGUCCGCCUGAAAACCAAACACCACAACAAACAAGUCGGUAUCAAGAUCCCGGAGAACUGCGUGGCCCGUGUGCGCGAGGAGCUGCUGCAAAUGGACGAGGAGGUGAAGAGGAGACGGAAGGAGAGGGAGCAGCAGGCCGCGGACCAGCGGCUGGCUGACGAGCACGCCCGCAAGAUGGAGCAGGAGAACAAACACCUCCUGGCCAAUCUGUUCAACCAGAAGCCGAUGCUCAACCAGUCGCUGGCGCUGGCGCAGUCGCUCGCCCAGAGCCAGAUCCUCAAACAGAAACUGAACCAAAGCGCUCUGCAGAGGACACAAACUGGGAGCAUCUCUCAGCUGCAGAGACUGCAGGCCCACAGCCAGUCCGCUUUACAGCAGAACUUACCCCUGAGAAGCCUCAGUCAAACGCAGCCACGGACCCAUAACAGCUGGCCCAACAAUUCCCCCACCAUCAACCAGGGCUCUGUCCCCAACACGGCCAGCAUCCGCUCCAAUUUCUCCCAGUUUUACCCCCAGUCCUUCGUGUCCCCCUUUCAUCAGCUGAAGAGCCCGUCACUUCCACUCCAUCCGACCACGCAUUCUCCCAGCGUGUCUUCCAAGAACCCCCUGGAUGAGAUCUUGGACCUGACCGUGAGCUCGCCGUCCCCGUCCCCGGACAGCACGGAGGUCGGACUGACUCUGGACGGUCUGGCGGGACACUCGGCAGCGUUCGUGGAAAACUUUAACCUGGAGUCGCUGAUCUCUGAGACUGCAACCAGCGCACAGCACGCCGCACUGUUACAGCAGCCUCUUUUGUUGCAGCAGCAGCAUCUGCAGGCAACACCGCAGCGGAACCACAGCCUGCUGGCCAAUAACCACCACCAAGACUUGUUAGAUUUAUUUGACUUGCCCCUGUCCCCCCAGAUGCCCACACAGAAAGCCAGCCCUUCGUCCUCUACCUCCUCCUGCUCGUCCUCCACGUCCUCCACCUCGAACAACCUGGUUCCACACGUCCCCGCCGGCCUCCUGCCCGCGUCCGGCCUCAUCCCGACAUCGUCCUCCUCGUCUCUCUUCUCCAGCCCUUCCUCGUCCUCCUCCCUGUUCUCCAACUCUUCCCCUCGCUUCUCCUCCAACUAUCUCCUCUCCCAGUCGGACUCGCUAUCUUUGCCCGGCGACCUCGACGUCCGCGAGGCCCUGAACAGCAUGCUGCAGGGACCGGACCGCACGUCCGUCAUUAAGUACCGGCCACCAGAAGAGCAGUAAGAGCAGCAGCAGCUCGUCUGGACUUUGUUUUUCCUUUUUAGGUAAUUUUUUUUUUUUUUUUUUUUUUUCUU